GAUUGUAUGCAGCACCUCAAAAUGACUUGCUGCAACUACUCCUUUGUUCUACUGCUCUUCAUCCUGAUCACAACUAAUGGUGCAAUUGCAAUAGACACCAUUUAUUCAAAUCAUACCCUCAAAGAUGGCGACACCCUUGUUUCAGCAAGUGAAAUCUUUGAAUUGGGGUUCUUCAGCCUUGGGAAUUCAAGUUCACGGUACCUGGGGAUACGAUAUAAGAACAUAUCAACAGAUAAUAUUGUAUGGGUUGCUAAUAGAGAGGUUCCACUUAAUGAUCCCAGAGGUAUGCUUAAAGUCAGUGACGACGGAACCCUACAGCUUCGGAGUGUUAGCAAUAACUUAAUUUGGUCAUCCCAGUCAUCAAAACCAGUCACAAAUACUGGUAGUAAUCUGGCGGCACAGCUUUUGGAUUCCGGAAAUUUUGUCCUCAGAGAUGAUACGAGCGGCGAAUUCAUUUGGCAAAGUUUUGAUCAUCCUGGCAACACGUUGCUACCGGGAAUGAAAAUUGGCAUGAACCUUGUAACGGGCAUAAAGACGAACUUGACAUCAUGGAAGAGUUCUGAUGAUCCUUCAACAGGUUCUUAUACACUUUGGAUGGACAUCAGUGGGUAUCCACAAUUAUAUAUUAUGAAGGACGAAUCAAGUUUCCAACAAAGGCUUGGAUCUUGGAAUGGUUUGGGUUUUUCUGGGGUGUCUGGUAGCUCAUCACACAGACCCUACAUGUUUGAUUUUGUUUCAACUGACGACGAGAUUUACUUAAGAUACACAUCAGUAAAUACUUCACUAGUCACGAAGAUGAUAUUGGAUCAACAAGGUUCCUUUAACGUGUUUUUUUUAAAUACUCUAACACAAUCAUUGUAUUUGUAUACAUUGACAAUCCGCGAUGGUUGUGAUCGUUACGGUAUAUGUGGUCCUUAUGGAAGCUGUAACAUUGAUCAUGCCCCACCAUGUGCGUGUUUAGAAGGAUUUGAACCCAAGCUGCCUGAAGAAUGGUCUCGUGGAAAAUGGUCAAAUUGGUGUAAGCAUGAAACUCUUAUGACUAGUGAAAAUGGGCAUAACAUCAAGAAGCUUUCAAACCUGAAAUUGCCCGACUCACGGGAUUCGUGGUUUAAUAAAACCAUGUCUCUUGGGGAAUGUGAGAAUGUUUGCGCUCGUAACGUCUCUUGUACAGCUUAUGCAAAUACUGAUAUAAAAGGUGGUGGAAAUGGUUGUUUAUUGUGGUUCACUGAGUUGAUCGACGUCAGAGAGGCUUCGACCAGAGACAAUUCAGGGCAAGACAUAUACAUAAGCAUGCGCAAUCCAAAUACAAUUCGUAAGUGCAUUUCUGAUUCAUUCAUAAAGAAGAAGAAGAAAUUACCGCUUCAAGUGAUCUUGUCGACGGUAAUUCCAGUGCUUCUGCUAGGCUUCGCACUGAUAUUAUAUGCUUGGAGAAAUAUGAAGAAAUCACAUCUUAAAUUUGAGGAUGAGGACCAGAAACAAGAUUUGGAGCUGCCAUUGUUCAGCUUGAGUAAGAUAGUUAAGGCCACGAGUAACUUUUCAAUCAAUAAUAAGUUGGGGCAAGGAGGUUUUGGUGCAGUUUACAAGGGUAUGCUAGAAGGAGGAAGAGAAAUUGCUGUCAAGCGGCUGUCAAAAACAUCAAGGCAAGGACUCAUUGAGUUCCAGAAUGAAGUUAUAUGUAUUGCAAAGCUUCAGCAUCGUAACCUUGUGAAGCUUUUGGGAUAUUGCGUUCAAGGAGAGGAAAAGAUUUUGAUUUAUGAAUAUAUGCCCAAUAAAAGCUUGGACUCUUUUUUAUUUGAUGAAAACAACUCCUUGUUACUUGACUGGCCUCAACGCUGCCACAUUAUCAAUGGGAUUGCUCGAGGACUUCUUUAUCUCCAUCAAGAUUCUAGACAUAGAAUAAUCCAUAGAGAUCUAAAAGCUAGCAAUAUUUUGCUUGAUUCAGACAUGAACCCAAAAAUAUCAGACUUUGGCUUGGCUAGAAUGUUCAGAGAAUAUGAGACUGAAGCUAAUACAAAGAAAGUUGUUGGUACACUGGGUUAUAUUUCACCAGAGUAUGCAGCAAAUGGGGUUUUCUCAGUAAAAUCGGAUGUAUUUAGCUUUGGUGUUUUGGUCUUAGAGAUUGUGAGUGGGAAGAAAAACAGAGGAUUCUCUCAUCAAGAUCACCACAAUAACCUUCUUGGGCAUGCAUGGAGACUCUACAAGGAAGCCAAUCCCCUUGAACUGGUUGAUGAAGCUUUAGGUGGCUCAUGGAAUGUUUCUGAAGUGCUUCAAUCAAUACAUGUUGGUUUAUCAUGUGUGCAACAACAUGCAGAAGAUAGACCAAGCAUGUCGUCUGUGAUUCACAUGUUGGGUGGUGAGGGUGCACUACCUCCACCAAAACAACCUGGCUUUUUUACAGAAGCGACCAAGUCUGAAUCUGAGUCUACCUUAAUCAUGCCACAAGUGCUGGUUUCCAUCAAUGAAGUCACAAUUACGCAAUUAGAUGCUAGAUAAUUAUAUAAAGGCAUAUAGACCCAUGACCAAGUACCUAAUCUGUGUUA